CCGCUUCACACUGUCACAUUGCAACUUUCUCCCCCAACAUCCGGUAGAGAAGCGGUCACUGCAGCAUGGGUGCAAUCGGGCAAUGUGCAACGAAGCAUUUAGACACAUUGUGGAGGAAGUUCACACGGCACGGCAAACACUGUCCCUCCAUUCAGCGGAUGGGCGUGUGUGGGCACAUGAAUCAAUGCAAGACGAUAGCGCUCGUACGUGCUAUGGUCAGUUCUCAGCUGCUGUAUGUAGGCCAUUGUGUCAGCGUGGACCAACCGAAUGAAUGACACUCGGACAGUGCAUCCGGACAGUGCUGAGCAACAUCGUAAUCCCAUUUGUAGGCGUUGUUUUGUUUGCGAAAAAGUUCCGGUCUAAGGGUGUGGACACUGGGCAUGUGUAUGUAUCGCCGGGUCGCCGAUUACGUUUGGCCAUGUUUGGUGUGCAAAAAAGCUCACGCAUUCAAUGUCGUAAGUGUUUCUUGCAGGGUAUGUAAGGUCAAUAGUGCGUAUUGUUACGAAGCCAAAGAGUGCUUUUAACUAUGCUAAGACUUAAGCACGCAUUGAGGUCAGGAAAAAGUGAUAUAUUUUAAAAUGCGCUCUCUACAACAUUACUUCAUUUUACGUUAUUAAAUCGAUCACAACUCAAUCAUUUCUUGUGACAAAAAUAAUGGAAAAAUAAUUUUCCAUCUCUCUCAUGGAUGAAAAGUAUUAUUUACAUAUUUUGAUGUUGAAUAAAUUUUUAUGUAUAAAAAUUAUAUACAUUAUAUUUUAUGAAUAAAAAUUAAUGUUUCUUUUUACUAAAAUGGUGAAUUUGGCUGAAGUGGGUUUCCUGGCUAAAUAUGAGUUUAUGAUUAAAAUCUUGAUCUUAUCUUUUACGAAAUGUUUCGAAUUAAAUUCAUGAAUUGAACAAGUCUCGGCGAUUUAUUUUUGCACCUGCUUUUUAUUAAGUUUCGUGAUUCUGUUGAAAUCCAAAGUUUGACGGCUUAAACUUAAUAGACUCAUAACUUUCUCUCCCUCUAGCUUGGCGUAACGACUUCUAUGCCGGCAAUCUUCGGCUGUCUUACAAAACAUAUUUUUACCACGCUGCCAAAUAGCCAGAGAUUUUAUACCUGUGUUGUGAUGCGAAACCGGCAGGUCUUCUAGUCGAAUCUAUUUUCUUUUAUAAGUCUAUUUCUAUAAGUCUUUAAGUCUUUAAGCUUCAAUAUUAUUAAUUCUAGUAAGGGAUAUUUCAAAUAGAAUAAUAAAAUAAACAAAACAAAAUGUGUCGGUUCAAGCAAUGAAAUCAAAAUAAUUUCUAUAUUCCACAAAGCUACUACACAAAGCGUCAAAAUAUCGCCAAUAAAACGCAAAUGGCACUUUCAGGAACUUUUAUUGCAAUCAAAUAACAUUAAAACACAACCAACCAUAGUCUUACUAAACGAUUCAUUAGUGGUAGUAUCGCUUUUUUCUCGUAAUCAUAUUUUAUCUGUUUAAUGAUAUCAAGCAUUACCAAAGAGAAAAAGUUUCAUCGGUUUCCCUCGGUACGAUGAAGGUACACAGAGCGUAGAACGAACAUUUCACGAUCACUUUGCUUUUGUUUUUCAACCAAACUUUCGUACAGAGGGUCACGUUUGUAUUCUCCGAAGGCCCAAAUGAGUGUGCAUAAUUUAUCAUCUUUAUCGCAGUCUCAUGCCAACGUGUGGCACUCGGCAGUGGCGCUGUGGAUGAGCGUAUCGAACACAUGUACUACGUCUACACGUCUCGUGCAAUCAUCCAGUUUAUCAUUCUACAAUUCCAUCACCUCGCACCAACCAAUUUCUCCCCGGCUUUUUCGGUUCCUUCCCAAGCCUUAAUGCUAAACAUCAAGCUGCUCCAACUGGUUCAGAGCGAUUCAUUUUUAUUAUCUGUUUUGUUUAUCUCUUUUCUUUCCGAAAUAGAAUCGGUCAUCUCGGUAGUGCUCAACGGGUGUGUGUUUCUGUGCUUUUUUCCAUACAACUCCCCAUCUAAUGCAUGCAAACAUAAGUAGUUGAAUUGGAGGAUACGGCAUAGUUCGUGUUUUCCCAUCCACCGUUGACGUCAGUGGUGCGUGAAGUGAAGUGUCGAAAGGCCAAGUCCAAGGUAGGAUAGUGGACAGAGGCAAAAUCUCGCCGCGCCAGCCCGUUCGUCACAGUGGAAGUUUCGUCCCGAACGGCGCCUGUGCGUAACGCCAGUAAAAGUGGAUCGAUCCUGCGCCUCAGCGGCUUCCGCGGCGGGUUCACCCACAGCUUCCCUGCACAGCUGCACCAAGUUAGUCCGAUGCUCGAGAGCUGCCUCGACGGACGAGCCGGAUACAGUGAGCGUAGAGUUAGAGCACCGCGAACGCCUUCAAGUGGCCCCGGCCGAGCGGCCCACCCAUUGCCAGCAGCCUAAGCUUGCCAUCGCACAGCUAGCCUCGCUUGCUUCGAUCAGUACUGCUGCAACUGCGACGCAGCAGAUCAUAACCACAACCGUCGUCAACGACCAGCCCAUCACAGCAGGCCCACAAUCCAGACAGCAACAACUGCUACAAACAACCACCGGGGACGACCACGGCAGCUGCUCAAACGCACCACAGCAACCGGAAGUAUCUUGUUCGACAGCACCUCAGGCUGCAGCAAGACCCACCUCACCCACCCCUUCCACCUCCACGGCAGUUGCGGCUCCUCGCCGAAUAUGCACCUUAAAGGUGAAAAUCUUUCUCAUCAAGCAUCUUUCUAAGCUGGUCGCGUGCAACAAGAAAAUGUUCCUGCCCGUCAAAUCUAACACGUCUCCGGUAGGCAACGGUGAAACGGCAAAUGGCGGCGAGGAUGUCACCACUGUAACAUGCAACUCCACGCAAACGCCCAGCGAUCUCAGCCCACCGAACAUGUCGAACGACGACAUGCUGCCGCAGGCCCACCACCAAAACCCAGGCCACUGCAUAGCUUCCUUUUCCGCCAUCAACCGCAUGCGACAGAAUGCACAGCUUUGUGACGUCACGCUGGAAGUCGGGGGCGAAACGAUCAAUGCCCACAAAGUCAUACUAGCGUCAGUUUCACCGUACUUCUACGCCAUGUUCAAUGAUGACAUGCUCGAGAGGAACUGCGACGUGGUCACGCUGCACGAUAUUGACCCAUCGUCACUGAAGCAGCUCAUCGAGUACGCAUACAGUGGCGAGAUCACCAUCACGGAAGACAACGUGCAGGUGCUUCUUCCGGCUUCGAGCCUGCUGCAGAUUCAAUCGGUCCGUGAAGCAUGUUGCAAAUUUCUGCUUCGUCAGCUACAUCCCUCAAACUGUCUGGGAAUUCGAAGUUUCGCAGAUGCUCACUCGUGCAAGGAACUACACUCCCGAUCCCACCGGUACGCCCUGCAGAACUUCCAGCAAGUGGUCGGCACGGAAGAGUUUUUAUUGCUAGGAUUUAAUGAGGUUCAGGACCUAAUUUCCAACAGCCAGCUAAACAUAUGCUCAGAGGAAAAAGUAUUUAUGGCUGUGCUGAACUGGAUCAAGCACGAUCUCAGCGAGCGCAAGAAGCACAUAUCGGAGCUAAUGUCACACGUGCGGCUUCCACUGGUCAGUCGCGAAUUUCUAAUGAACUGCGUCGAAACCGAAGCACUCGUGCGUGAAGAAUCACACUGCAAAGAGCUGCUGCUCGAAGCCAUGAAGUACCAUCUGCUGCCGGAGCAACGGAGCUCGCUCGUGAGCCAGCGAACGCUCGAACGUCGUCCGGAGGGUAUGCGAUCGUACAUCUUCGCCGUCGGCGGUGGAAGUUUGUUUGCGAUCCACAACGAGUGCGAGUGUUACAACCCGAAGACAAAUGCUUGGAUGACGAUAUCGCCAAUGAUUUCACGGCGCUCGAGGGCCGGUGUUACUUCGCUCCGGAAGCUGCUGUACGUGGUGGGCGGGUACGAUGGUGAGAACGAUCUGGCAACGGCCGAAUGUUACAACCCGCUGACGAACGAAUGGACCAACAUUACGCCGAUGGGUACGAAACGGUCCUGUUUGGGAACGUGCGCGUUCGAUGGGUUGCUGUACGUGUGCGGCGGCUACGAUGGUGCCUCGUGCUUGAGUAGCGUAGAGCGGUACGAUCCACUGACCGGCGUUUGGACAUCCUGUCCGGCAAUGAGCACCCGUCGGCGGUACUGUCGGGUAGCGGUGCUGGACAACUGCAUCUAUUCGUUGGGUGGGUUCGAUUCGAGCAAUUAUCAGUCGUCGGUCGAACGGUUUGAUCCGCGUGUUGGCAGUUGGUCUUCCGUGCCAAGCAUGACGUCACGGCGCAGCAGCUGCGGUGUGGCCGCCUUGGAUGGCUAUCUGUACUGUAUCGGUGGUAGCGAUGGUACCAUGUGCAUGCAAACUGGCGAACGAUUUAACUUGCGUACCAACGCCUGGGAACCGAUCAGCGCCAUGCACUCUCGAAGAUCAACGCACGAGGUAGUGGAGGCGAACGGAUUCCUGUACGCACUCGGUGGCAACGAUGGUUCGUCGUCGCUCAACUCUGUCGAACGGUACGAUCCAAAGGUUAACAAGUGGACGAUCGUUACUUCCAUGCUUACAAGACGCAGCUCCAUCGGUGCAUCGGUGUUGGAGUGUUUCAAUCUCGAGCGCGGUCUGCUGCAAACUAGCAUUUGACCACUGAACUGUACCACCAACGGUUCCGGAUCCGGAAUAACGUUGACAACGGAUACUGCGGGCGUCUCCUCGACCACAGCAGGUGGAACACCACCGAGCCAGUAAACGUAUCAUCGUGCGCAUAAAAAGCAUCCACCGGCUUCUUCACGGCUUAGAUUAAUCACAUGCCAUCGUUUACUUGAGCGGCAACAGUUGGGACCGUGUUGUUAUCCUGCAAAGUAGAAGUAAAAGUAAAAGUAAAAAAAACAAACAGUCAUUAUCUAGAUAAACGUAUUAAUUAAACAGCUAGCUAGCCAAACAGGUUAAAUAUCGUUGGGAAGAACCACAAGAAACAACCCGAUUCUUUACGCGUUCCGGGUGUGUUUCGGCGGAAAAGAUGAUAAAGGCAGAAAAGGACUAUUUUGAAGCUGAUAAAGAUUAACAAUUGUCGCUUACACGUGGUACUAAGAUGCAUUUAGCAACAAUUUUGCAUAUGAGUUAAGCUUACCGUACUUUUGAGAAGACUCAUGGUUUCGCCCUCACAUUCGAGUGGAAAGUCAAUCGAAAGUAUAGGAAGGGGAGCAACAGAAUACAGCGGAAUUAGUAGCGUGUGUUUGUGUGGGUGUGUGUGUGUGCUUGAGAGCAUUGUUCUUGAUGUAACGUGGUUUAUUUUCCCCCCCCGGGGGUUAUCAUCUAAUUCGUUCCAUUUAGUUAACUAUUCUGUAUUGUAUAUUGUUGUAGCCUGGAUAGUGUAUUUAUGUUAAGAACAGGUUUUAUUCGUUGUUAGAUUUUUUUUUUGUACACUGCCGUUUAUUUCCCUUUCUACCUCUCUUUGUUAUGUAUUUUUAAGCCUAUUCGUUCUUUCGAAUGCUUUCCAACAGUUGAUGCUGUUUUUUCACUCACUUUAGUACUUGUUUUUCGGCAAAUGGGCGAGCUCCGCAGCUCUGUAAACCGAUGUUGCUUUCUUCAAACUUAAAACAAAAACACUGUGAUAAACUCUAUUGUUAAGAAUGCAAUCAUCUGCAUCCCUCUUGUUGGUGAUCCUUAGAGGCUCAACGUUCAAGCGCAUGGUGAGGGGAUCAUCUAGUUCGGAUGCAUCCUUUUUGUAACAUCUUCUGGCUAUUUGUGGCUUAUGUUCAUCUUUUUUCCAAACUUUUCUCACUCCACCAAUGGUUCGGCAGCCGAAAGCACUACCGACAAUGAAGCAAUUUACGUUUUUUUUGUUUUGCGUUUCUUCUAUUGUUCUUGCUAAACGUAUUUGGUGUAGUUUCUAGUGGUGAAUAUACCGUAGAGUUAUACAACAACUAGUUGAUGUAGGUAACCAAUCAAUAAUGAGGUCCAAAAUCAAUCAAAUCGAUCAACACACGAAACGGAACCGAAACCGCUAAUUGGUGUAGAAAUUAAAAAAAAACGUAAUAGCACAUUUCAAGUAACAUGAGCAUCGUAAACGUAGUAAAAGCUUAUGCAAAGCAAAUUACAAUAUACCAUUAGCUAAAUAUCCACCACCCAAAUGAAGAACAACUUCCGAUAAGCAAUUAAUCGUACAUAAGCUUAAACCGUACAACAUGCACUGCAGAAUGUUCAGAACAUAUGACGGACUUAAACAGGAAACCCUUCAGGAAUCGAGCAGCUUAAUGGGGCUCAACAAUAAAACACUGCCAUUUUCAAACCUCUACAGAAAAGAGUAGAUGUA